UAGAUAUUAAAUUGAAUUUAAGACAUUAUCAUUUCAUUGAAAAAAUAAGAAAGAAACUGAUAAAAGGAGAGAUUAAUGGAGCUAAGUCCAUGUGAUCGGAUGUUUCACGCGCCGCUUUUAAACUGCCAUAUUCUCUCUAUAAUUGGAUUAAACGCCGCCGUGGAUCCGACGGUUCUCAAGUUUGGACUGCAACAAACUUUGAUUAAACACCCUCGCUUCUCUAGUAAACUGAGCAUCAAUGAGAGGAAAAUGAAAUGGACACCAACAAUAGUGAAUUUACAAGAUCAUGUAAUAAUUCCAAAAGUGGAUCCAAAAAUGGAUUCUCCCGACCAAUUUGUUGAAGACUAUGUCUCUCGUCUCACUACAAUACCUACUAUGGAUCUUUCAAAACCAUUAUGGGAAAUUCACAUUCUCAAUAUCAAAACAUCAAAUGCACAAUCUAUUUGUGUUUUCAAAAUUCACCACUCAAUUGGCGAUGCAGUAUCCCUAAUGUCGCUACUUUUGGCUUCUACUCGGAAAAAAUCCGAUCCGAAAUCACUCCCGACAAUACCCUCGCGAAAACGGGCAGGCUCUAACGCAUCUAACGGGUUCAUGUGGAUGAAGUUGAGGACGAUUUGGAAUACUUUUGUUGAUAUGAUUUUAUUUGGUGCAACAAUUUUAUUUCUGGAAGACACAAAGACUUCACUUAAAGGCUCUUCUUCUAGGGUUGAUCUUAAGCCUAAAAGGGUGGUGUAUCGCAUAGUUAGCUUGGAUGACAUCAAGGUGGUGAAGACUAAAAUGAAUAUUACGAUCAAUGAUGUAAUGUUGGGAGUUAUACAAGCCGGUCUCUCUCGAUAUCUCAAUCACGAAUGUGCAGGUGAUAAUGACCAAAAAGGAGAAAAAGAAAAGCAAAAGAAGAUAAAUCUUCAAAAGAAGACUAGACUUAGAGCAACUCUUAUGGUGAACCUAAGACCAACUUCGGGAAUUCAGAGUUUGGAAACAUUAAUGUCAAAGGAAUCAAAGCAGAAAAAAUGGGGAUGGGGUAAUAAGUUCGGCUACAUGGUCCUACCCUUCGAAACAGCCUUACAAAAUGAGCCACUAGACUAUGUUCGGCAGGCUAAAGCUACCGUUGAUCGAAAGAAAGAUUCGCUUGAAGCUCUAUGCUCUUUCCGAAUCGCCACGCUCAUAGUGAACAUAUUCGGAGCCGAGGUAGCUUCAGCUGUGGCACAUCGAUUUAUAUCAAAUACUACAAUGGCAUUAUCAAAUGUGGUUGGUCCUAUUGAAGAAAUAAGCUUUUAUGGUCAUCCAAUUCAAUUUCUUGCUACAACUGUUUAUGGCCAUCCUCAUGCAUUGACAAUUCAUUACCAGAGUUAUUUCAACAAGAUGACAAUUGUAGUAGCAGUUGAUCCAGAUGUAAUCCCUAAUCCUCACAAGCUUUGUGAUCAUCUUGAGGAGUCCCUUAACAUCAUUAAGAAUGCUGUUCUUGACAAAGGAUUUGAUGCUGCCUAACAUAAAUUAUUUAAGACUUCUUACUUGACACAAAUCUAUUCUUUUUUUUUUUGUUUAGAGGUUGUUAAUGGAAGCCUGCUAGUUGAAUAGAAUUGGUAUUGUGCUUGA